GAUGAGGGCUUAUAUAUGGAGCUCAGAGCUCAGUGAUGAAUUACAGACUGCAGCUCUCAGGAGAACCAGUGAAGAGAACCAGUAAGGAGAUCCAGUAAAGAGAUCACAGUUUUGUCAGACAUGGCAGAAUUUAAGGCAAAUUUCCUGGCCAAGCAUAACGAGUACAGGAAGAAACAUGGAGUUCCUGAAGUGACUUUAAGUGAAGAUCUGUGCGACUCUUCACAGAAGUGGGCCGAUCAUUUACUGUCCAUCAAAACCCUGCAGCACAGCGAGACCAGCAACGGAGAGAACGUCUUCUAUUCCUGGAGCUCCAAGACCACAAAACCCACAGGACCUGAAGCUGUGGAGAAGUGGUACAGUGAAAUUAAGGACUACAAUUUCAGCAAGCCUGGAUUCCAGCCCAACACAGGACACUUCACUCAGGUAGUUUGGAAAGACUCUAAAGAGAUCGGAGUGGGUCUGGCCACUGAUGGGAAUACCAUCUUCGUGGUUGGUCAGUACAAGCCUGCUGGAAACGUAGCCAAUCCAGGCUACUUUGAGAAGAACGUCUUACCUGCUGCAGACAACUAAGACAACACCCAACAGCCAUACAAACCCCUACAAUUACACAGAUAUGGAUUUCUACUUGAAUAAUAUUUUAAGUAUCAUUUGAUAAUAAUCAUACAAGUAAUGCUGUAGAACCUCUAGGCAUGAUUUUAUACAUGUUAUGAUGUCAUUUUAAAAAUAAAACAUUGUUAAAUAAAAACAUAUAUCAUAU